AUGGGCGUCUACCUCCUCGACUAUGGAGCGGGAAAUGUUAGAUCCCUUGUGAAUGCAGUGAACAAACUUGGAUAUGAAAUUAAGCAUGUUGAGUCACCACAGGAUCUGCUGAAAGCUGAGAAACUCAUAUUCCCGGGUGUUGGAGCAUUCGGCGCCGCUAUGGUCCGAUUACAUACAACAGGAUACGACAAGGCACUCAAAGAAUACAUUGAAUCCGGCCGACCCUUUAUGGGUAUUUGCGUUGGAAUGCAGUGCUUGUUUGAAGGUUCCGACGAGUCGCCGAAUGUGAAAGGUCUAGGACUCAUACCAUCCACCGUCAAGAAAUUUAACCCAGCCACAAAAUCUGUACCUCACAUGGGUUGGAACAGUGCUGCUCUCGCUCAGCCAAAUAGUGGAUUGGCGGAGCUGAACCAUGACGGGGACGAAGACACGAGAUACUAUUUUGUCCAUUCGUUCGCAGUCCCUGCCUCGAAAGCGAUACAGGAUUGGACAUUUUCUACGACAACCUACGGAGAUGAGACAUUUGUCUCUGCUGUAAGGAAGGGGAAUGUGUUUGCAACACAAUUCCAUCCUGAAAAAAGUGGGUGGGCCGGGUUAAAAGUUUUGAGAUCAUUCUUGUCGUACAAUCCACAAGGCAACGGCCUCGCAAACUCGACACAGCCUCAUGCGGAUGCUUCAUCAAUAAUUCCAAAGGAUCACCUCACUCGACGUAUCAUUGCCUGCCUCGAUGUGCGUGCGAACGAUAAAGGCGAUCUUGUGGUGACAAAGGGCGAUCAAUACGAUGUGCGAGAGCGAGCCACGGAGGGUGCGGACGUCCGAAAUCUUGGAAAACCGGUUGAACUUGCCAGAAGGUACUUUGAACAAGGUGCGGACGAAAUUACCUUCCUCAACAUCACUGCAUUCCGUGACAUACCCCUCCACGACCUUCCCAUGCUCGAAGUUCUCAAGCGCACGUCAGAGUCCGUUUUUGUACCACUGACCAUCGGCGGCGGAAUAAGAGAUUUGACUAACCCAGAUGGAACAGUCAUUCCUGCUCUGCAAGUUGCGGGUGAAUACUUUCGAUCUGGGGCUGAUAAAGUCUCGAUUGGGAGUGACGCUGUUUACGCUGCCGAACAGUACUACGCAUCCGGUCGGCAGUUGACGGGUCAAACAGCCAUUGAACAGAUAGCGCGGGUAUAUGGUGCUCAGGCUGUUGUCAUAUCCGUUGAUCCUCGUCGAGUCUAUGUUGAUUCACCACAAGAUGCUCCCACCCAUCAUGUCAUACCCACCAAAUUCCCCGGACCCAAUGGUGAACAAUACUGUUGGUACCAAUGUACCGUUAAGGGAGGGCGAGAGGGGCGCGAUCUGGACGUGUACCAGCUCGUUACUGCCUGCGAAGCACUGGGCGCCGGUGAAGUCUUGCUAAAUUGCAUGGACAAGGAUGGCACGAAUUCCGGGUACGACCUGGAAUUAGUUGCUGAUGUAAAACGGGCGGUCAAGAUCCCUGUGAUUGCGUCGAGUGGGGCAGGAUGCGUUGAACAUUUUGGAGAAGUUUUUAAUCAGACGGGUGUAGAAGCUGCUCUGGCGGCUGGAAUUUUUCAUCGGGAGGAGGUGCCUAUCGAGCAAGUCAAGUCGUAUUUGAAGAAGGAGGGAUUUGACGUUCGUGGAAUGGGAACUGGACUGUAG